AAACCUGCCCCCCCCGGCACCACUCCGAUCCCCCCCUCCGCCGCCGCCGUCGCCGCAUCCCCAGCCCACUCCAAUCCCGCCCCCUUCAUCCCGACGCGCCACCGUCUCCGUUCCGCCGGGGAGCCAUGACGAGGGGCGGCGCCGGAGGCGACAUGAAGUCCUUCUUCCGGCAGCAGAAGGCGCACACCAAGCCCACCGGCGGCGUCUCCAAGAAGGCGGCGGCGGCGCACCACCACCCGAAGGCCGCGCCCGCGCUCCACGUCCACCCGGUCUCAGACAACGGCGCCGGCGAGAGGGGGCGCCGGCAGGAGGCGGAGGAGGAGCGGGAGCGGGCGGCCCGGGAGUUCUACAUGGACAUGCGCUACGGGCCCUGCCUCGGCCUCACGCGCGCCCAGCGCCUCCGCCGCGCCGCCGCGCUCGGGCUCGCCCCGCCGCCGGCGCUCCUCGCGCUCUGCGCCGCCGACGACCAGCCCUGCCUCUGGGAGGGCCGCGUCUACUCCUCUCGCUUCGCCUGCGUGCUCCGACCGACGCCAUCAAGCAGCAACCGCGUUCCCCGUUCUCUGCUUUCCGUCGUCUACCGCACUUCGUGGUAGCACUACUAGUAGUUGUAGCCUGAUGUGUUAUCUCUUGGAUCAUGGUGCCAACCGAAAAGCUUUUCUGUCUCCUGUGGAUCUGUGGUGGCAUGGUGCCAUGGCAUGGGAAGUGAUGUGUUAUUUGGUAUCUCUUGUGGCUUGUAUUCUUGUCUUGUGUAUUACUGUGAACCUGUGAUCAGCGCGGAAAUGGCAGUGUCUUCCAUGUGUUCUUGUCACAUCGGCACGGCAUC